UAAGACGUCGAAUGUGUAUAUUUGUCCAUCACCCCCACCACCGCUUGAUAACUGAAGUUGGCUUGUUGAUGCCCCGAUAAUCUAGUGGUUCGGCACAAAGACCGAUAGAAUUGGUAUCAAGCUGGGGAAAAAAAUGUAUUGGGGUCGAUUCGUUUGUCUAAACCAGUGAAGGCGAUGUAGAAGCAUGGCCGCAAUCCAGUGAUUGAAACAUGUAAUAUAUAUAUAAACCCCUGAAUAAUAAAAAAAAAAAUGAUGAUACACUAAUGCAGGAACCAAUGUUGUUUAUGUUAAGUCCCCUUAUGUCUGUUUACCUAACGGUGCGACAAAUAGGAAUCGGUGAAAAUGUAUCAGACUGAAAUAAUGAACAUAUUCAAUCAAGUCGGUCUCGGUCGUUUUUUCGGUCAGAUACACCUUCACCGUUCAUAUAUUUAUACACACACACACACACACACACAUACACCGGCAACGUGUAAUACUCUCCUGUUUUAGCGGUAGUUAUCUGCCCUUAGGCACAGUUAUUGCUGGUUUGUUUUUCCUGCAAUUAACGUUUUGACUUUUAAAAUAAUUUUAACUUUAGAAAUGGAGAAGGAGGAAGAAAUUACGCAAACUGUGGUGGACGAUCAAUUGGACGAACCAGAAUCUCGCAAACUUUCUAAAUCGCAACAUAGAGCGAAACAACGUAAAAAUAAAACCGUGCGUGAUCUUGAGCACGUGGUUUUUGGAGACGAAAGUGAAGUUGUUGAUCAAAUUGAGAAGAAUUUUCGCUCAAAGAAAAAAUCUAGAAAACACAAGGUCAGAGAAGAUGAUGUUCCAUCUACAAGAAAAGCUGCUUGGGAAGAUUUAGAUGACGAGGCUGAAUAUGAAAAUAAUGUGACUGUUGUGAGACCUUCCUUUCAGCUUUCAUUGGAGAUACCAAAAUGGGCCAAAUUGAAGACGACAGAGAAACGAAAACGUUCGUCAAAACAGACAAGUGAUUCUGACGAUGACGAAAAUCGCGAUGACAACCGUAUUGGACUGUUACAAAGUACCGGUAAUUACCUAUCAAAAUCGUCAUCUCUUUCCAGCCUCACUAUCCAAUUAAAGAAAUGCACAGAUGCAAAUCGUGAAAAUCCAAGUCAAUAUCUAACUGCCUCGGAAUUCCACCCGAAAUCUACCGUUCUUAUGACGGCCGGCAGAAAGUGUCGUUUUAACCUUUUCCAAGUAGAUGGAGAAAAAAACCGGAAAAUUCACACUAUUUUUGUCGAUCGUCUUCCAAUUAAAUGUAGUCAUUUCAGCCGUGAUGGUCUUCAGGUCGUUUUGAGUUCAGGAUACAAUUAUUUCUCUUAUUUUGAUAUGGAGGCAGCCAAACUUAUCAGAGUUCCACGAUUUAAUUCCAUUGAUAACAACAAAUUGUCGGACUUCAUUCUGUCACCCGAUGGCCGUUACAUAGUAUUUUUUGGACAGUAUGGUUAUAUGCAUCUAGUCUCAUCAAAUUCCAAAGAAUAUCUUACAAGUCUUAAAAUGAAUGGGAGCGUGGAUGCCGCAGCUUUCUCUAAAGACGGCCAUAGAAUGUUUUCGUUCGGAAGUGAUGGUCAAGUUUACGUUUGGGACAUGAACAGUCGGUGUUGCGUUCACAGAUUCUACGACGAUGGCUGCGUUAACGGUACAGCUGUUUGUGUGUCACCCAAUAACAAAUAUUUAGCCUGUGGUUCUGAUUCAGGCGUGGUUAAUAUUUAUGAUGUUGAUACGUGCAUGACUUCGUUAACUCCUCCGCCUCAAAAGGCCGUUAUGAAUCUCACCACGGAAUGUAAUUCAUUGGUGUUUAAUCAUUCUAAUGAAUUCCUUGCUGCAACUUCGAUCCAUUCGGAAAAAGGUGUGAAAUUAAUCCAUUUACCUUCCAUGACUGUUUUCAGAAAUUUUCCCGAUUCUUUAGAUACGGAUAUAACAUAUCCUCGGCUCCUGGACAUUUCUCCAAAUAGUGGUUAUUUAACGAUUGGUAAUAAUAAAGGACAGGCUUUACUUUACAGAAUUAAACACUUCGGAAAUUACUAAACAUAUUUUUAAAGAAAGAACAUUAUAUCUUUUAUAACUUAAACUUUACCCAGAUUUGAUUAAUUAAAAAUGUUUUGUUAAAACACAA